AUGUCACAUUAUAAACAAGUACCUCCAAAUUGCACUUCCUUCAAACUUAUUCGACAGUAGACUAGCUCAAGUACCUUUGGAUGGCGUCGAGGCCCGGAGCUCUUACGGAGUGGCCAUGGAGUCCCCUUGGUAGCUUCAAGUACCUCUUGGUGGCCCCGUUGGUGAUGGCGAGCAUGCACUCGUACGUGACGGCUGUGGAUGAGGAGAAAGACCUCAGCAGACUUAUGAUAGUCGUGUUGAUGCUGUGGAGAAUAGUUCACAGCCAGAUAUGGAUCAGCGUGUCUCGCCAGAGGACGGCUAAGGGAACGAACAAGAUCGUGGACAAGCCCAUUGAGUUUGAGCAAGUGGACCGAGAGCGCACUUGGGACGACCAAGUCAUCUUCAACACUCUCCUCAUGUAUCUCGCAAACAUCAAGCUCCCAGGCGCCUCCCACCUUCCCCCAUGGAGGCUAGACGGGGCCAUCCUCAUGGCUCUACUUCACGCUGGUCCCGUCGAGUUUCUCUACUACUGGUUUCACAGAGCUCUCCACCACCAUUUCCUCUACUCUCGCUACCAUUCUCACCACCACUCCUCCAUUGUCACCGAGCCCAUCACGUCUGUGGUGCACCCCUUCGCCGAGCACAUCGCCUACACACUACUCUUUGCCAUACCUAUGGUAACGGCGUCCCUGUGUGGGAUCCUCUCCAUCGUUUCCAUCAUGGGAUACAUUACUUACAUUGACUUCAUGAACAACAUGGGACAUUGCAACUUCGAGCUUUUCCCUAAGCGUCUCUUCCACCUCUUCCCUCCCCUCAAGUUCCUCUGUUACACCCCCUCGUUUCACUCGCUCCACCACACGCAGUUCCGGACCAACUACUCUCUGUUCAUGCCAAUAUACGACUUCAUCUACGGGACGACUGAUAAUUUGACCGACUCACUAUACGAGAGGUCGUUGGAGAUAGAGGAAGAAUCACCCGACGUCAUCCACCUCACUCACCUCACCACACACAACUCCAUCUACCAAAUGCGCCUUGGUUUCCCGUCCCUCUCCUCUUGCCCCUUGUGGUCUCGACCCCCAUGGUACCUCACAUGCUUCAUGUGGCCCUUCACUCUCCUCUGCUCAUUUGCCCUCACUUCAGCUAUCCCUUUGCGCACCUUUGUCUUUGAGCGAAACCGUCUCCGUGACCUCACCGUUCACUCUCACCUCCUUCCCAAGUUUUCCUUUCACUAUAAAUCACAGCGCCACCAUGAGUCCAUCAACACUAUCAUAGAGGAAGCUAUCCUUGAAGCAGAUGAAAAGGGUGUGAAAGUAAUGAGUCUUGGCCUGAUGAACAAUAGGGAGGAACUAAACGGGUCUGGAGAAAUGUACGUGCAAAAGUAUCCGAAGUUGAAGAUAAGACUAGUGGACGGGAGCAGCAUGGCAGCUACGGUGGUUAUCAACAAUAUUCCAAAGGAAGCCACGGAAAUUGUCUUUAGAGGAAAUCUCACAAAGGUGGCUUCGGCUGUUGUCUUUGCUCUGUGCCAAAAGGGCGUCAAGGUGGUCGUGUUACGCGAGGAGGAACACAGCAAACUCAUCAAAUCUGGGGUUGACAAGAAUCUGGUACUGUCUACAAGCAAUAGUUAUUACUCCCCAAAGGUGUGGUUGGUGGGGGAUGGAAUAGAGAACGAAGAGCAGAUGAAAGCAAAAGAAGGAACCCUCUUUGUUCCCUUUUCUCACUUUCCGCCCAACAAACUCCGCAAGGACUGUUUCUACCAGUCCACUCCAGCUAUGCGUGUUCCCAAGUCUGCCCAAAACAUCGACUCCUGUGAGAACUGGCUGGGGAGGAGGGUGAUGAGUGCAUGGAAAAUAGGAGGUAUAGUGCAUGCACUUGAGGGUUGGGAGGAGCAUGACUGCGGCAACACUUGCAACGUCCUCCGUCUCCACGCCAUAUGGGAAGCUGCUCUUCGCCAUGAUUUCCAACCUCUCCCACCAUCUCCUCUAUGAGCUUUUUUCAUAUUCAUACAUCUAUGUCCCCUUUCUUGAUUAUAUCUACUUCCCUUCCAUCAUUGUUUGCUGUUUACUAUGUUUUUCUAUCGACAAUAUAUAAGUACCCUUGUUACCCUUGGUGCCACGUGCUUCAUAUAUGUUAGAAAGGGCAAAAAAAUUCGUCGUAUGAUAUGCUUAGUUAAAUUUUAUAAAACUCAAUAAAAAUCUUCAGAAACAGUGCUAUGAUCA